UGCUGUGUGGGAUAAACAGUAAUGGCGGAGGCUGCAGCUCCCGGAACAACAGCCACAACAUCUGGAGCAGGAGCGGCAGCGGCGGCGGCGGCAGCGGCCUCCCCCAUCCCUAUCCCCGCCGUCACCUCGCCGGCCCCGGGGGCUGGAGGCGGUGGAGGCGGCACCGACGGCGGCAGCGGCGGCUGGACCAAACAGGUCACCUGCCGGUAUUUCAUGCACGGGGUUUGUAAGGAAGGUGAGAACUGUCGCUACUCACACGACCUCUCUGACAGUCCCUACGGUAUUGUGUGCAAAUACUUCCAGCGAGGCUACUGUAUCUAUGGGGACCGCUGCAGAUAUGAACACAGCAAACCACUGAAACAAGAAGACGCACCUGCUGCAGACCCCACUGGCAAACCGGCUCUGACUGCUCCCUCCGCACGCUCGGCUACAGUUGGGACGCUCGUUGACAUGAGCGCGGGCGAGGCCGAGUCAAGAACGUCAAGCUUUGCCACUGUUGGGGCAGGUGCAGAGGACUGGGCCAACGCCAUCGAGUUUGUCCCUGGGCAGCCCUACUGUGGCCGAACCGCCCCUUCCUGCACUGAAGCACCCCCACAGGACACAGUGACCAGGGAGGACCCUGAGAAGGAGCCGCCCGCCGUUGAGUCCAAGAAGCAGCUGUGCCCCUACGCCGCAGUGGGCGAGUGCCGCUACGGGGAGAACUGUGUGUACCUGCAUGGGGACUCGUGCGACAUGUGUGGGCUGCAGGUCCUCCACCCGGUGGACGCUGCCCAGCGCUCCCAACACAUCAAGUCGUGCAUCGAGGCCCACGAGAAGGACAUGGAGCUCUCGUUCGCCGUGCAGCGCAGCAAGGACAUGGUCUGCGGGAUCUGCAUGGAGGUGGUCUACGAGAAGAUCAACCCCAGCAGUGAGCGCCACUUCGGCAUCCUCUCCAACUGCAGCCACACCUACUGCCUCAAGUGCAUCCGCAAGUGGAGGAGUGCCAAGCAGUUUGAGAGCAAGAUCAUAAAGUCCUGCCCCGAAUGCCGGAUCACAUCUAACUUUGUCAUUCCAAGUGAGUACUGGGUGGAGGAGAAAGAAGAGAAGCAGAAACUCAUUCAGAAAUACAAGGAGGCGAUGAGCAACAAGGCGUGCAGGUAUUUUGAUGAAGGCCGUGGGAGCUGUCCGUUUGGAGGGAACUGUUUUUACAAGCAUGCCUACCCUGAUGGCCGUAGAGAGGAACCACAGAGAGACAAAGUGGGAGCAUCAAGCAGAUGCCGGGCCCAACGGAGGAACCGCUUCUGGGAGCUCAUCGAGGAAAGAGAGGGCAGCCCUUUUGACCACGAGGAAGAGGUGGUCACCUUCGAGCUGGGCGAGAUGCUGCUCAUGCUCCUGGCGGCGGGCGGGGACGACGACCUGACGGACUCGGACUCGGAAGACGAGUGGGACUUGUUCCACGACGAGCUGGAAGACUUCUACGACUUGGACCUCUAG